CUCUUCCAGGGGUCGGCAAACUUUUGAGACAGAACGUACCCAAAGAGCACAGUUUGCUGACCCCUGGGCUAGAUCAAUGCUUGAGCACAACUUAAGUAUGUUUAAAACCACCCUUGGAUAAUUUCCUCUAUUAUGUUUAUUUUUAUUAGUUUAAUUCUGAGAGCAACCUGAAUUCCAGGCUCUUGGAAACUGAAUUGCUGCCCCUACAUGCUGUCCAUACUUAAUCAUAAUAAUAGUAAUAAUUUGUGCUGCUUUCUAUACAUUUUGACACCUCUUGUAAACAGUAUAUGCAAUAAAUGCUCAGUAAAUAUUUGUAGACUUACCUACUUUUUUCCCAUUAGCUAAGCUUAUCUCUCUACUAUCUCAACAUACUAUUUCUUCUUAAGUUUCCAUUUUUAACUUUUUAUGCCAUUUCUCGUCUGAAAAUGCCAUUAUUACCACUAACUUCUUUGUAACAUGUUUGCAAUUUACAAAGCACUCUCCCUUAAACUAUUUCAUUCAAUUUCCCCAACAUUCCCAGGAGGUAAAAAUUAGAUCAUUUUACAGAUGAUAAAACUGAGACUCAGUGAAGUCAGGUGUCUUCUACCUAGUUAGGUCUCGUUCAUUCAUUUAUCAAAUAUUUACUGAGUGCCUAAAAAUUUAUUAAGGUUGGAUUUGAAAACAAUUUUCCUGAAAUCAAGUCGAGUUUAUUCUACUAUUUUAUCACCAGGGUCAUGAAUUCAAAGGAAGGAAAUAAUAAGUCUGUUGAUUUUAUUGUUGAGGACACAGGUCUCAGACAGGCUCCAAGGUCAUUUGUAAAAUUUAAGGUAACUACAAGCAGGAGCAAUCUUAUUUCUCUCUGUGCCUGCUACCUAAUGCACUGUCUCACUGUAGAUAGCUCCAUUCAAUACAUAUUUGAUGAAUUUAUCUACAGGUUUUGGAGCUAUUGAAAUUGAAUUUUGACACUACAGCCUGUAAAACCUUGAUCAACUUACUUAGUCCUUUUGAGCUUCAGUUUUAUCAUCUGUAAAAUAAAAAUAAUACUAAUUUCUUAGGACUAAGUAGUUCUGGACAUUUAAAAGAGAAAGUAUGAAAAAGAUGUAAUGCUCAUUGUAGCUGUGGUUUCCAAUUGUCUUUGAUGAAGCUUUAAACUGCAUUCAAAUGAGAAAAACGUCUAGGUGGAUGUAAGGUUACAUUCUUGGCAAGUGCUGUUCUUUAUUCUGGAGCAUAUCAUUUUACAGUUUUGGUGCUAACUCCCCUCUUUUACGGCACUGGUACUUUUCUUCUUUAACAGCACUCUUAAUCUGGCAACCCGAUGUCAUCCUUCAUCCCCCAGCUCUCUAUCCUCUCAAAUUAAAAAUGAACACACAGUCACUCAAGAUAAACACAGAUGAUGUUAUAUUCUUUUCAGCUUCUUGCUGAUGAUUGUAGAUGGAAAAAUCGGUGUCUGCAAGCAGACUUUAAUAAACCUUCCAGAAGUCUCAUUAAAAAAAAAAAAAUGAACACACACACAGAAACGAUUCCUUACACUUAAAAGUGUGCGCACCACAGCCGAGAUCCACAGGGACAGAACGCUCUACGGAGGUCACCAGGCAACGCCUCCAGCGCCCGCCAGAAAAGGGCGGAGUCAGAAGGUUCUUAGAUCUCUUUCCGCCUCACCAGGUCGUCGCCCCGUCCCAAUUCUCGCGAGACUCAAGCUUCUGCGCAUUACAAGUAACUGGGAGUCAAGGCGCCAAGGGAGGGGGAGGGGAAGAGGGGGGACGGUGCAAACGGCGUGGCCGCCAUCUUGUUUGUACCCCCGCUUCGCGCGCGCUCCGUUCUCCGUGACGCACGCUUCCCCUCCCCUCCGCGGUGCCCAGGCCUCUGCAUUGCCCUACUCCGCAGGAGCGCGGGGGCGGCUCCUGCUCUUCCCUGGACUCCUGAGCAGAGGCAUUUGUCAGAAUGUCCACAGAAGGAGGAUUUGGUGGUACUAGCAGCAGUGAUGCUCAGCAAAGCCUCCAGUCCUUCUGGCCUCGUGUCAUGGAAGAAAUCCGGAAUUUGACAGUGAAAGAUUUCCGAGUGCAAGAACUCCCACUGGCUCGUAUUAAGAAGAUUAUGAAACUGGAUGAAGAUGUGAAGAUGAUCAGUGCAGAAGCCCCUGUGCUCUUUGCCAAGGCAGCCCAGAUUUUUAUCACAGAGUUGACUCUUCGAGCCUGGAUCCACACGGAGGAUAACAAGCGACGGACUCUGCAGAGGAAUGAUAUCGCCAUGGCAAUUACAAAAUUUGAUCAGUUUGACUUUCUCAUCGAUAUUGUUCCAAGAGAUGAACUGAAACCUCCAAAGCGUCAGGAAGAGGUGCGCCAGUCUGUGACUCCCGCGGAGCCCGUCCAGUACUAUUUCACGCUGGCUCAGCAGCCCACCGCCGUCCAAGUCCAGGGGCAGCAGCAAGGCCAGCAGACCACCAGCUCCACCACCACCAUCCAGCCUGGGCAGAUCAUCAUUGCACAGCCUCAGCAGGGCCAGAGCACACCAGUGACCAUGCAGGUUGGAGAAGGUCAGCAGGUGCAGAUAGUCCAGGCCCAGCCGCAGGGUCAAGCCCAGCAGGCCCAGAGCAGCACUGGACAGACCAUGCAGGUGAUGCAGCAGAUCAUCACGAACACGGGGGAGAUCCAGCAGAUCCCGGUGCAGCUGAACGCCGGCCAGCUGCAGUACAUCCGCUUAGCCCAGCCGGUAUCAGGCACCCAGGUUGUGCAGGGACAGAUCCAGACGCUUGCCACCAAUGCUCAACAGAUCACACAGACAGAGGUCCAGCAAGGACAGCAGCAGUUCAGCCAGUUCACAGAUGGGCAGAGGAACAGCGUGCAGCAAGCUCCAGGCUCUGAGCUAACGGGAGAGGCAGAGCCCAGAGAAGUGAAAGCCACAGGAAAUGCAACUCCCUGCACCUCUUCCCCGCCCACUACACACACACCCCCACACCAAGCUGGUGCCUCCUGUGUCUGCUGCUCCCACCCCCAGCAGAGCUCCACAUCCCCUCCUCCCUCGGACGCCUUGCAGUGGGUGGUGGUUGAGGUGUCUGGGGCCCCCAACGAACUUGAGGCCCAUAGGGAGCUGCAUGCCCCUCUCCCAGGGGUGACCUCACUCUCUCCUCUCCACCCCUCGCAGCAGCUCUACCAGAUCCAGCAAGUCACCAUGCCUGCUGGCCAGGACCUCGCCCAGCCCAUGUUCAUCCAGUCAGCCAACCAGCCCUCCGACGGGCAGGCCCCCCAGGUGACCGGAGACUGAGGGCCUGAGCUGGCGAGGCCAAGGACACCCAACACAAUUUUUGCCAUACAGCCCCUGGCAAUGGGCACAGCGUCCCUCCCCAGAGGACCCGGCCGACCUCAGCGCCUCCUGCAGGCUAGGACACUGGUGCACUUCCCCCCACGCCUGGGGGCCAAGAUUCUCCAACAGAAAGAUGCAACAUUUUUUUAUUUCCUUGUUUUCCUUUUUUUUCUCCAAGGAAUCAAUAUUUCCGUAUGUUGAGCUGUGUAUCCAAUCAAUGCUUUGAAAUGAAAAUAUUAAAUAACAUAUUUAUGGCAUUUUCUUGAAGAGUGUGAAGAAAUAUUUCUUUUGUUUUCCUUUUUUUGGUUCUUACCGCCACUACUUUUUAGGAACAAAUCUCACAGGUGUAUAUUAUCUCCUAAGUCUUGGAGCAGCUGCUGCCCCCAGGAUUGGACGCCUUUUCUGCCCUCAGAUUAAAUUAGGUGAAUGCGUGUAGCUGCUGCUCAUUAGCGGUCCUCUCCCCUUGUCCCCGCUCUUGCCCAGAGCUCUGUGUAUUUGCAUCCAGAGGCCAUGGAAACAUUCCUUGCAUUUAAGAGACGAACUCAUACGCUGUGGAGAGUGGAUGGUUUCAUUCCCAAACCCUACUCUCCCAGGGACCCAAGGAGACUAGAACUUUGUGCGUUUACCCUAACUCCCCAUUUUUUAUUUUAUUUUUUAAAUGCAUAAAAAAUUGUGCUAGUCUCCUUUGCUGCAUGGACUUCAAACUGCAUGAUAUGCAAUAAAACCUCAUUUUAGAUAA